GGUUGUUCUGCGUAAGUUACCUAUGACCAUGCAGAUGUGGGAGAUGGGCAAGGGGUUAGUAGUGUAGCAAAGAAGAAACUCCUUGGUACCUUCAUUGUGCUAAUGUCCUACAUCCCUGAGAUUGCCCAUCCUGUGGGGCUUGUGUGUCAGAAGUAAGCGUGCAAACAUUUUGAUUUAAGCUGGUACUAUUUGGCGUCUAUUAAAACAUGCCCCAGGCACUUAUGGGAGACAUUUAUUUAGCAAGGUGUUUGCUGCACACGCAUGAAGACCUGAGUUAGGUCUCCAGCACCCAUGUAAAAGGACAGAUAUGGUGGCAUGCACUUAAGAUUCCCACCAGUGGUCCUCUUUCGGGUCUUGGCUCCAAGAUGACCAAAAAAAAAAGACGAAACAACGGGCGCGCCAAAAAGGGCCGCGGCCACGUGCAGCCCAUUCGCUGCACGAACUGCGCCCGGUGCGUGCCCAAGGACAAGGCAAUUAAGAAGUUCCUCAUUCGGAACAUAGUGGAGGCCGCUGCUGUCAGGGACAUAUCCGAAGCGAGCGUCUUCGACGCUUAUGGGCUUCCCAAGCUCUAUGUCAAGCUGCACUACAGUGUGAGCUGUGCCAUUCACAGCAAAGUAGUCAGGAAUCGAUCUCGUGAAGCCCGGAAGGACCGAACACCCCCACCACGGUUUAGACCCGCUGGUGCUGCACCACGACCUCCACCAAAGCCCAUGUAAAGAGAUGGCUUCAUGAAGACAAACACCUUGGAAAAAUAAAACAGUGCUUUAUGUAG